CGAAGCAUAGAGGAGAGACUGGGAGAGGAGAGACGCUCAGUGAGUAGGUUUAUGGCUGGCGGUGGGUCGUUGCAGCCCGCCCGGGACUGAUGCUGAAGGAGCAACAUGCCAAAAUCAUGUAUGAGUUGUACCUUCGUCACGCUUGUGGCAAGUAUCACCUUUGCUUCUGCCCAUGCAGCUGUGCCAACAGACUAUCUUCACCUUGACUACUGUGUAAUCGGAGCAGGUCCAGGUGGCCUGCAGAUUGCCUACUUUCUGCAGCAAUCCCAAAGACACUACCUGGUUUUUGAGCGCAGCAACCUCUCUGGGAGCUUCUUUGUACGUUACCCCCGCCACCGAAAGCUCAUUAGUAUUAACAAGCGAUACACCGGGAAGCAGAACAAAGAGUUUAACCUCCGUCAUGACUGGAACUCACUUAUCAGCCAUGAUGAAAACCUGCUCUACAAACACUAUGCCAAAGAUUUUUUUCCUCACGCUGACACUAUGGUGCACUACUUGAACAACUUUACAAACAAAUUUGAUCUGAAGAUUCGGUACAACACUGAGAUAACGUGGAUCGAAGCCGAGAAGGACCCCAGGGCCUGGAAUGGGCACUACUUCUUCCUGACGGAUCAGAAUGACAGUCAUUACAGAUGCAGUGUCCUGUUAGUUGCGACCGGAAUGUGGGUGCCCAACAUGCCUGAUUUUCCAGGCUCCGAAUACGCCGAGGGCUAUGAGAGCAUUUCUGUGGACCCCACCCACUUUGCUGGGCAGGCAGUCCUCAUCCUGGGCCGGGGCAACGCGGCGUUUGAGACGGCAGACAACAUCCUCGGGGUGACUAACUUUAUCCACAUGCUGAGUCGGUCCCGGGUGCGGCUCGCCUGGGCCACUCACUAUGUUGGAGAUGUUCGGGCUGUGAAUAACGCCAUGCUGGACACCUACCAGCUGAAGUCACUGGAUGGCUUGCUGGAAGGAGACCUGGACAACAUUGCCAUCGUCCAAGACAAAAAGGGAAAGCUGCACCUAAGACUGAGAUACCACUUUGACAAGAGCGAAGCCUCCCAAGAUGUGUCAUCCAACAGCAACAAUCAACGCCUCAUGUAUGAGGAAGAGGCUGAUAACUUUUCGGUGCGUCAGCCUUACGACCGUGUCAUCCGUUGCUUGGGGUGGAAGUUCGACUUUUCUAUUUUUAACAAUCUUACCAAACCUCAGAGGGGCCGAGGCCGCAUGAAUAAAUACCCACUGGUCAAAGCCUCCUACGAGUCGGAAAGCCUGCCUGGAAUGUUUAUUAUUGGGACAGCCAGUCAUUCCAUCGAUUACAGGAAAUCAGCCGGCGGAUUCAUCCAUGGGUUCCGCUAUACAGCCCGUGCUGUUCAUCACCUGCUGGAGCAUCGGUACCAUGGCAUUACCUGGCCAGCCACCACCCUGCCCAUCACUCAUUUGACCAACAUGAUAAUCAAGCGCAUCAAUGAGGCGUCUGGCCUUUAUCAGAUGUUCAGUGUCCUUGCUGACUUUGUGCUGCUACGGAAAAAUGCCACAGAGUUUGAAUACUUGGAAGAGUAUCCCAUUGGAGCACUUCCACAGCUUCUGGAAAACACAGGGAAAGAUGCAACAAAUGGGCUAUUUGUUAUUAACUUGGAAUAUGGGAGCAACUUUUCCAGGCCAGAGUCUGAUGUUUUCCAUCCCAGCCGUGCAGUAGGUGAGCCCGAACAUGCGUGGCUCUCAAACUUCCUCCAUCCCGUCAUCUACUUCUACAAACGUCUACCAACAGAGACUCAGAUGAUGCAGAGACCGAAGUUCUGGCCCCUCCCGAGGCCAGAUAGCAUCCAUCACAUUGUGGAAGAUUUCCUGACUAACUGGACAGCUGCCAAAGCUCACAUCCUGCCACUGCGCCGCUUCCUGGAGAACUGUCUGGGCACUGACCUCAGGAGCUUCUUUGCAGAAUCCUGCUUCAAGUUUGCUUUGACCAAUCAGUAUGUGCCCCCUUUCUGUCACCAUGGUUACUUAAACAUGCAAGGACUGCUGGGUGACGAGAUCCUGUGGCUUGAGUCUAUGGAGAUGGACCACCCUUCCAAUGACGCAGUCUCAACCGAAGAACGCUGAGAGCAGCACUUGUCCACAACCAGGGCAUUUGGGCACUGCAACCAUCUGGAGAUGAAACUAUUUAGUGACUGACUACAGACUGACAACCUGUGCACUUUAACCAGGUGAGGGCUGAGUGCACGCAGAAUUUCUCCUUGUUGCAGAACUGAAUGAUUCCAGGAAACACACACACCGCUGCUGCCAUAUACAAGGGGCUCACUAAGGUUUUAUCCAACUUCUGUGCAAUGUAUAUUUAUGAGAAAAGCCAAAAAUAUCUGCAGGUAACAGGGGAGAUUAUUUUUGUAUUGUUCGGUUUGAUAUUUGCUACGGUUGCUCCUGACAUUUUUAAACACUUCCUCUCAUGUUUAAGCACUAAGUGUGAUGUUUGGAGAUUCCAUGUGAUGUUCAAAUCUUCACAACUGCCAAUUCCUGGUCUUGCCGUCCCCUGCUUUUUAAAAUGGCUUCAUAAAGUGGCACCUCGCUUUUAUAUUCAGAACAUGCUGAAGAUGAACAGCAGGCUUUCUGGAAUUCUGGGAAAACUAAUUGCAAUGUUUUGGGUUAGUACACAGCAUCACUACAAACAGACAAUCUUGCUUUCACAGUGCUGAUUGUGGGAGCUUGCUGUGCUGUCAUGACUGCCGCGUUUCCUACAUUACAACAAUAUCCACAUUUUUAAUGAACGUAUGUCAUUUGCUGUAAAGCACUUUGGAAUGUCCUGAUUUCCUGAAAGAUGUGACAGAAAUGCCUUCCCUCUUUUUCUUGUACCUGCCUUUGUUUCUGGAGAGAGGUUCUGCUGAAUAGACAUGCUCUUUGAACAGCUGGCUGGAACUGUGGCCAAUCUGCUCCCAGGCCAAGCCCACUGCUCCCCUCUACCUGGCUUCCAGGAGGGAAGAGCCAGCAGGUUGACGACAUUCUCCUGCCCUUCACCCCCACCUCCUGCCAACAGAACAGAGUUGAGAUUACUGAAUCAGGGGUCAGACCUAUGCAGGACCUUUGGUGGAUGUCAAAAAUGCUGCUCCCUAGUGUUGUGUCUAUUUUUCCAGCUCACAUAAGCUUAUGAACAGUUUGAAUGAUACAGCACAGGAAGAGCCCAUUCAGCCCACCGUGCCUAUGACUGUUCUUUGAAAAAGUUAUUCAGUUAUUACCACAUCCAUAACAAAAACAAAAAUAAAAAUGCCUGGAAAAACUCAGCAGGUCUGACAGCAUCUGCGGAGAGGAACAUAGUUAACGUUUCGACUCUGUAUGACUCUUCAUCAGAUCUUCAUUACCACUCCAUGUUCUUUCCCCAAUGAAAUGUUUCCUUUUCAAGUAUGUAAAUCUGAAACUCUUCCCCCGAAAAGACGUUGCAAAACCAUUGAAGCUUUCGAGACUGAGAUUGAUAGACUGUUGCUGGGUAAGGGGUACCAAGGAAUAUGGAGCAAUGGCAGAUAGGUGCAGGCCAGCUAUGAUUUAAUUGAAUGGACAGACCAUUAGGUUCCUGUAGGUGAUGCUACUGAGCUGUUGAUAUUAGCAAAGGCAGGGAAAAUCUGUAGUGACAGACAGUUACAAACAGGAAAUGAAUCAUUGACAAAUGAAGGAAGUGAAAAAGCCUUCAGGUAGACGUGAAGGUUAGAUAACAGCAGAAGCAAUAUAAUAUGUGCGAGUAAAAGGUCAGUGAUUCAUUCAUGGGCUCUUAGAAUGAUAUGGCAUGGAAGGAGGCCAUUCAGCCCAUCGUGCCUGAGUUGACUCUUUGAAAGAGCUUUUCAAUUAAUCCCAUGCACUCACCCUUUCCCCAUGGCUGUAGAAUCUAGAUUGAUGAACUGAGACAAAUAAUAUUUAUCAAAUAAAUAUAACUGCAGCCAGUGCAGAACAGCAGUGUCCAGUGAAUAACUGAGCUGAACAGCACGUGCUUACUUCCUUUGCCAAGUUAACGUAGCUCAGUCGGGAAACUCCUGCUGGGCCUAUCUCUGUGAACGUCGUGAGGAGAGGAUCGAAUUUGAUGGCUUCGAAUGUGAUGCACUGUGCAGUUGAAUUACCUCAUGGCAUUUUCUAUCUAAACACACCAAAGAGAGGAUUGGCAUCUUGGGCACCUUAAUGGAGUCUUGCAGUGGGGGUAGCAAUGAAACUAUACCCCAGCAGAGGUACAAUGUACUUGGGAGGAGUGAGAAAGGUUAAUGAGGGAUAAAGAGCAGGAGCUGUUUGCCUCAAUCAUGGACUGUUGCAAGAGAUGCCAUUGGUUAUGCUGUCACCCAAUUCUUGCUGUCCCAGUUCCCUUGCUUUACCAGUACUAUGCCAAGCUGUGUUAUUGGGGUUAAUAAAACUUACAUUCAGCCAGCGUAA